AUGAUUGCAUGCGGCGUCUGGUCACUGUCGCUCGUAAACUUCUCUUCCUGCCUCGAAAAGUUGUCGACUCUUCUCAUGAUCGUCGGUCGCUCGGCUCCCCGUUACGAAAAGAUGGCUUUGCUCUAUCCCCGGUCCAAGAUUCUGCAGUCGCAUCUGGCUGAAUAUUUCAUCGUGGUUGUUCGUCUCUGUCACCAGCUGUUGAAGUUGACAAAGAAGUCGAUCUUGGGACAGCUGGUGUCGUUCCCAAGCGACUCCGAUAUGAAGAACUACCAAUCGGAGCUCGACCGGUGGGCCAGUUUGAUCAGAGAGGAGGUGAGCCUGCUGAUGGGUCAGACCAUUGAGGAGCAGAGCUCCCGCUUCAAAGCUCUGUUGAGGUUCUCUGAAUCCGAGUCGCACCGCCAAAGGCUGAAGGUUCAUGCCCGUGUCCUCGAUUCCUGCUCCACAUACGACUAUCAGAAGACGUGGAAGGAGAUUCGAAAGGUUGGAAACGCGACUUUGUUCAACCAGGCCCCUGAAUACCAGCGCUGGAAAGUCCGAGCAGAUUCUUGCACACUAGUGUGUAAAGGCAAGCUAGGGUCGGGAAAGUCCGUUCUGCUGGCCAAUAUUGUCGAUGAUUUAAACCUUCAUGUUCAAAGUACGGAAUGCCCAGUGGCGUAUUUCUUUUGUCGCCACGACAUUUCCGAGAGCUUGAAAGCGCGCACAGUCUUUGGCUCUUUGGCUCGACAAUUGUUGCGCCCAAUUCCAGACCUCACCAUGGUAGAGGAACUCGUCGAUAAGACUACUUCAGUGGAUUCCGAAAGAAUACUCAGCAUCCUCCAGCGCGCCCUUCCACCUGACUCCAAAGCUUCCUUUGUCCUGGACGGGCUGGAUGAAUGUGAUGAUCUUCAGAGAGGGACAUUAAUUCAACAACUCCGGAAACUCCAGGACGCAUUCGCACUGCGUAUUUGCGUUUCAUUUAGAUUGGAGGCCGAUAAUGUCUUGAGGUUGAGCCCGGAACUGUUCGCCAAACAUAGCACCAUUGCGAUUCCUGACGACAAUCCCGAUAUUGCAGGCUUCAUCAGUGCAGAGCUGGAGAGGCGCAUAGAAUCCAGAGAACCUAGAAAGCGGCUCACGAUAGGGGACCCUGCGCUUAUCCUUGAAAUAGAGGACGCCCUGCUGCAAGGUGCUCAGGGAAUGUUCCUCUGGGUGGCUCUUCAGAUAGAAUCCUUGUGCGCCGCGAAGACAGAUGAAGCCAUUCGCCUGGCCUUGAAGGACCUCCCAAAAGAUCUCCCAGAAACGUUUUCUCGUAUUCUGCAGAGAUCAGGAGAGUUAGGAAAGCAUUAUCAGACGCGGAUAUUUGAGCUUGUUGCCGUAGCUCACCGGCCUUUGACCACGGAGGAACUUCGAGAAGCCUUGAGCGUAGUUCCAGGCGAUGCUGUCUGGAACCCGGCACGGCUCCCCAACGAUGUAUAUUCGGCGUUGGCCCGCUGCGGAAGCCUCAUUGCCGUCGAUGAAGAAGAGCCGACCGUAAGAUUGGUGCACCAUAGCGUCAAGCAAUUCCUCCUUGGCGGUUUCAGACACUCGACUGGCGCGAUAUUUACAGUGGACAGCGCAAAUAGGACGAUGAGAGAGGUUAUCAUCACCUACCUCAAUUACAAUGUUUUCGAUACUCAACUAUCUACUAUGGUAGUCCCGCAAAUACCGGCUGAAGCAGCGCCGUCCAGGAUCAUCCGCUCGAUAGACGCUUCGGGCAGCGUUCGAAGCCUUGCGUUAAAGCUUUUGCAGUCCCGGAGACAGCCUAACUGCGACAUUGGCAAAGUCCUCGCAGAUGCAAGCAAGCAUUUUAAAUCGCCUUCUGUAGAUCAGUUCCAAUUUUACUCCUAUGCGAAGCAAUAUUGGCUGCAGCACGGCUGGUGCAUUUCAGAGCAUGAACCGGUGAUAUACAGUCUGCUACUUAAAGUACUGGAACGGGGGAUCGUCGAUAUGAAUACAAAGGACGAUGAGAUUCAGACGCUGCUAUUCCGGGCGGCAGAGAAGGGCCACGAUGAGAUCGUCAGGCUGCUAGUCGAAAAGGGCGCUGACCUGGAGACCAAAGACUCGAUAUUCGGCAAGACACUGCUGUUAUGGGCAGCAGAGAGGGGGCACGAGGCCAUUGUCAAACUGCUUCUCGAGGGGGGAGCCAACAUCGAGUCGACAGACAGUGAUGGUUGGACGCCGCUGUGGUAUGCCGCCGAGAACGGGCACGAGGCCGUUGUUAAGCUGCUUCUUCUUCUUCUUCUUCUUCUUUUAUUUAACGCCGGGGGGAAUAGAUAUUCCCAGCCUCCCGAAGGGCAUGGGGCGUGCAGGAGACUAUCUAGCUAUACCAGCUAUCAACAGGGCUCCUAA